UUGAUGUAGUUUUCUAUGUUUUUUGUAGGUAUUGUUCUUGAUUCUGGGGAUGGUGUUAGUCACACGGUUCCCAUCCAUGAGGGUUAUGCACUUCCACAUGCAAUCCUUUGUUUGGAUCUUGCAGGCCGCGAUCUAACUGAUAUGUUGAUGAAGAUUUUAACCGAGCGUGGUUACACUUUCACUACUUCUGCAGAGCGUGAAAUUGUGAGGGAUGUGAAGGAGAAAUUGGCUUAUAUUGCUAUUGAUUAUGAGCAGGAGUUGGAAACUGCUAAGACUAGCUCAGCUGUUGAGAAGACCUAUGAGUUACCUGAUGGGCAGGUGAUCAAAAUCGGUGCUGAAAGGUUCCGAUGCCCUGAAGUUUUGUUCCAGCCAUCCAUGACAGGGAUGGAAUCUCCUGGUAUCCAUGAGACGACGUUUAACUCGAUCAUGAAGUGUGACGUCGACAUUAGGAAGGAUCUCUAUGGUAACAUUGUCUUGAGUGGUGGUUGGACAAUGUUCCCUGGUAUUGCUGAUAGAAUGAGUAAGGAGAUUACCGCAUUGGCACCUAGUAGCAUGAAAAUCAAGGUUGUAGCACCACCAGAGAGGAAGUACAGUGUCUGGUUAAACAUCAUCACCUGA